CCCAGUUUCCGUAGCGCCUGAGCCCGCUCGAGUUUCAAUGCGCGCUGUUGCUGGACGAAGCUGAGUCUCCUAUACGAGCCCGCUGCUCUUCUGAUCAUGGCUUCUCCGAGUUCCUUUACCUAUUAUUGCCCUCCAACCUCUUCCCCUGUCUGGCCAGAAUCGCUGUACAGUCUGAGGCCAGAGCACGCGCGGGAGCGGUUGCUGGACGACUCGGUGGAUACAGUCACGUCCAGAGAACAGACCAAAGUAGAAGAAAAGAUCCAGGAAAUCUUCAACUCUUACAAGUUCAACCACCUUGUCCCAAGGCUUAUUUUGCAGAGGGAGAAACACUUCCAUUAUCUGAAAAGAGGCCUUCGACAACUGACUGAUGCCUAUGAGUGUCUGGAUGCCAGCCGCCCAUGGCUCUGCUACUGGAUCCUGCACAGCUUGGAGCUCCUAGAUGAGCCUAUCCCCCAGAUAGUGGCUACAGAUGUGUGUCAGUUCCUGGAGCUAUGCCAGAGCCCAGAUGGUGGCUUUGGAGGGGGCCCUGGCCAACACCCGCACCUUGCACCCACGUACGCAGCCGUCAACGCGCUGUGCAUCAUCGGCACUGAGGAGGCGUACGACAUCAUUAACAGAGAGAAGCUUCUCCAGUACCUGUACUCCCUGAAGCAGCCCGAUGGCUCUUUCCUCAUGCAUGUUGGAGGUGAAGUGGACGCAAGAAGUGCGUACUGUGCUGCCUCAGUGGCUUCUCUGACGAACAUCAUCACUCCAGACCUCUUUGAGGGCACCGCUGAAUGGAUCGCCAGGUGUCAGAACUGGGAAGGUGGCAUUGGUGGAGUGCCAGGGAUGGAAGCGCACGGCGGCUACACUUUCUGUGGCCUGGCUGCACUGGUGAUCCUCAAGAAAGAAUACUACUUGAACUUAAAGAGCUUAUUGCAAUGGGUAACAAGCCGGCAGAUGCGAUUUGAAGGUGGAUUUCAGGGCCGCUGUAACAAGCUGGUGGACGGCUGCUACUCCUUCUGGCAGGCUGGGCUUCUGACGCUGCUCCACCGCGCCCUGCACACUCAAGGUGACACUGCUCUCAGCAUGAGCCACUGGAUGUUCCACCAGCAGGCCCUGCAGGAGUACCUGCUCAUGUGCUGCCAGUGCCCCGCCGGCGGCCUUCUGGACAAGCCUGGCAAGUCACGUGACUUCUACCACACCUGCUACUGCCUGAGCGGCCUCUCCAUCGCCCAGCACUUCGGCAGCGGAGCCAUGUUACACGAUGUGGUGGUGGGUGUGCCCGAAAACGCUCUGCAGCCCACGCAUCCUGUGUACAAUAUUGGACCGGACAAGGUGAUCCAGGCCACUACACACUUCCUGCGCAAGCCAGUCCCUGGCUUCGAGGAGCCAGAGGAUGAGGGGACAGCAGAGACUCCAAGUGACUAGAGGACCCAGGCUGAGCUCUGUGCGCCCUACCUCCCACUCAGACAAGGUUUUGUGUUUGGUACAUAGUGUGUUCCAUAUUCAACAAGCCUUAGCUACUGUGGAGCUGUGGUUUUUUUUGUCCUCUGAUGAAACAAAGCCACUGGUUCUGGGAUUGGAGUAAACAGUGGUGUGGUUUUUAAAAAUUCUUUUCAUCCCUAUCAACGCUAAGACUGUCCACCUACCCGUGCAGUGAGGUGGGGAGCAGUGCAUGCUGGGUGGAAGCUGCCCUCUCACCAGCCCUCAAAGCUGGACGGCCACGCAGAAACAGACGGUGUCUGAGCGGCAUAGCCUGCGAGGCCCUUGCCGUGGCUCCCACCUGCAUGGACUGUUAAAUCUCCAAAUGGGACACCCACACGGGCUGCUUCAUGCCGAGGUGUGGGGCUUUGGAAAAGACUGUUGGGGCUGAUUUAGGAAGUCUUUUGCCUCUCACUGUCCACCCUGGUUAUUUGCAAGGGACAGGAGCUGGGGGAGGAGGGACAAAUGUCUUGAGUGGGAGUCACUCCCUGCAGAACUGGAGAUCUGAGCCAGGCAUCUCCACAGCCAUGUGUGGGCCCAGGUGUGGCGACUUAGACCAGGAAAUCAGCCCUGAGUAGAAAUGUACCCCUAGUUCCACUCUGUGCCAGAGCAGGCAGCCCCGUGCUCAGCCCUGCCCAUCAGAUUCCGUGAAUGUCCCCUGACGUCUCAGGGCAGCGCCUGCAGCCUAGGGCUCUUCAUGUGUCUCCAUCUUUCUUUCGCUCGACUCCCAGCCCACCUGCCUCCAAGCAGUGUUGUCUUUCACACCCAGAGUAUUAACACUACUAAGCCUUUCACUUUAAUUUAUGACUCAGGAUUCAUUCUCAUCCUGCCCACUCUAGGCUCAGAGAUGUCAAAUCAAGUGCUAGACAAGCCAGCUGCUGUGGGGCAGUGGCCGGGAUGGAGGCCCCGGGGGGCCUCUGCUGCCUCUUGCACUGAGCCCUUGCAUGGUCAGUGGGGUGCUGAGCUUGGUCAUCGUCCACUGCUGCGGCAAGUUCCACGUCACUGUCCCCACCAUCGUGUGUGCACCAUGGACUGCAGGCAGACAGGAGCUCAGAGACGCAUCAUGAGACUGUUUUCAAACAACUGGCCACUCGCUGCCUCAAAUUCCCUACUGCUUUGAUGCAUCGGGCUGUUACCUCCUUGAAAUAAUAAAAGAAUAACAUUUUCUAUGA